ACAGCACUGUACGGAGACAAAAGCGUGAGACGAGAGAGAUCGCUCACUCUUUCUCUCCUGCCUCCUCCUCCUGACACAGCUCCUGCCUCAUCACGCAGCAAAGGAGAACUUGUAACAUUGCACAAUAUGAAGGGGAUUCUUAAAGACAAAUCACGGCUGAAUCAUGUGGCCAACUUGGAGGGACAGAGCCACUCGAUCGGAGCAGUGCGCUGGAAUCUUCCGGAAGAAACGGUGCAGGUUCACAGCUCAGCUCCCAGCAGCCCUUUCAAGAGCAGCAAGAGCACCUCUUCACGCUCGCAGCAGAGACAUCAUCAGCAGAGCCUGAAAGACCUCCGCAGCCUGCAGGAGUGCAUCAACUUUCUCAACAACUGGAAGUUACAGGUGGCACAAGUCUGUAAGAAGGGAAGUGACGGUGGAGAGGAAUGUGCUUCAUGUUCGUCAGAUCGUCAGGAAGACCCUCGGACCGAGCGCAGUCUGGAGGAGAGCCGCAAACUCAUCCUGCAGUGGGCUGAUGAACUCAAGAGCGUCGACCAGGUAUCUAAAGAGAGCCCGUGGCUGCAGGAGAGGUUCAAGCACAGUGAGAAAGAGCAGAAGAAGGAGGAGCAUGGAGAAGUGGUGCAGCAGAGGGUCAUGGAGUGGGCCAAAGAGCUGCAGAGUGUCUCAGAGAGCUGCGGCAUGCUGGGAGAUGAGCUGGCGCAGAUGCUUCGUCUGCUCGGUCUGAGGAAGAAGAGGCUCGUUUCUUUGAUGCCGCUGCUCGAGUUCAUCACCUGGUCCUUACUGAAGGAUGACAGCAAGGACGUGGUUUCUCAGCUGUGGCUUUCGGCCAAGCAGCGCUCCUGGGCAGCAGGCACACAACAAUACAUCCCCAACUCCGUGUGGAGUUGGAUCACCAGCGCAUCAGUUGAAGUUACCCUCGACCCGCUGACAGCCCACCCCUGGCUGCUGCUCUCUGAUGAUCAGAAGAAGGUUCAGGAGGGUCUGGAAGAAGCCGACCGGCCGUACAGCCCGCAGCGCUUCGACAGCUGGCCGUGCGUCCUGGGCUGGAUGGGCUACACGAGAGGCCGCAGCUACUGGGAAGUGGAUUUAGCAAACAACGGCUACUGGAGAGUCGGAGUCACCACCGCGGCCUCUAAGAGACACGGCCGCUUCCCCAUGAAGCCUUCGAAGGGUUACUGGACACUGUGGAAGAGCACACGACAAUUCUACGCCUGCACAGAGCCCGAGACGCCACUGCCUCUCACGCUGGUGCCCAGGAAGAUGGGAAUAUACAUCGACUACGAGGAGGGCCAGAUCUCUUUCUACAACGUGGAGAACAAAUCGCACAUCUACACCUUCACGGGGCAUUUCCGCGGGAAGCUCUACCCGCUCUUCGCCCCACUGGACGGGAGGACUGUCAUGACGGUAUCCUGUCCUGUAGACAACAGCGCUGAGUAAAUUAUUUUCCUUGUACCGAACACUGAACACUUUAUUGGCCUGUGCCUAAUUCAGCAUAGAUUUCAAUGUAGUAGCAUUAUUUAAUAUUUUUUAUGUCUGUUUGUCUUAAGAUAUUGUAUAUGCAUGCACUAUACUUUCUGACUUUCUGUCUAUGUUCAUUUAUUAACGUGAUUGCUGCUAGACUGCACUUUAUUUUAUAAUUAUUAUGCCUUCAUGUGGUAAAUUGAACAUUGUUGCACCAGGGUGAGCAUAUCUACGAAAAUAUUUUUAAAAAAUCAUAUUUUUCAUAUUGAGGACAUCAUUGUAAACAGACGAGAACUGAUAGUAACACAUGGAGGUUUGUUGUAUUAGAAAUCUGUUUGCUUUAUUAUCAAUUAAUAGCAUUUUAAUGCAUAUUGUGAAUGUAUUUUUGUCAAUAUAUUUAUUUAAUUGAUUAAUGAAGUCAGAAUAAGGCAUGUAAUAAGAUUUAUACAUGUAAAAACAUCUUUCAGACUACACAAAUUUAAUAAAAUUACUUUUUUUAAGAAAGACAAAAGAGAAACUACCUUCACUUCUUCACUUCUCACUUCUUUUAAAGUGGAUGUAAAGUUUAAUCUAACACCUAAUAUGGUGUUUUAGACACUGAAUUGAUUUCAUUAUUAUGAUUAUGAUUUCAUUAUUUCAUUAUUACUCAGACAAUUGAAAAAAAAAAACAGAAGCCAAUAUUUUAGCACAUGGCUUUAGCCUGACUGGUACUGGUUUUAAAAAACAAAGAAAAAAAAAAAAAAAGACACACUCACAUAGAUCCUAAGAUACAUUAUUCACGUUAGUACAUGUGAAAACCUGUCUAAACUCACUAAGCAACUAUAUCAAUGUGAUAAUCAUCAAAACUUACUAAUGCUUACAGCCAACUCCAGAAUUAUUGGCACCCUUCAUUUGAAUAG